AAGAGGCAGCUGAGAGGAAGGGAAGGCGGAAGGUCCGGAGUCCCGGUUGGAGCUGUGCGCGGAGGCCCGUCAGCGGAGGGGACCGGGAGGCGGACUGAGCGGGCCGAGCGAGGGAUGACAGGGCGUUGCCAAGUUGGAUUGUUCCUUUACUUGUAAAGAAAAACCCAAAGCCCUUCCAAAGUUGAUGAACCCAUCAAUAUCUUCCAUGGUGACUGGUGCAAUACAGACUGCUUAACUUUUUGCAGCGUGCUUUAUACUUCAAGCUUUCAUGAAGCUCAGCUGCUGCCUAUUGACUUUGAUUCUCAGUUCUAGUGUUUCUGCACUAGAAAAUGUGGCCUCCAACCUGACAGCUGCUCCUGGGUCAAGGUUCCUUCCUCUCGAUGCAUCAUUUCUUCCCACCCUACAAGCCUUCACAAAAUCGGCAGUACCUCAAGAUAUCAUAGUGAAAGAAGGUAACGGUGCUUUCAUUGAAUGUAAGCUGAACAUCAGUCAGCAUAACAGCAUCCUUUGGUUCAACUCAAAAGGGCAUCUACUGAAGCAAGAUGGAGAGGAUGGAAGAUGGCUGAUCUCUAACAGUACCCUUAAUAUCACAAGUGUAACCUUUGGUGACCGGGGGCGAUACAGUUGUGUUGUCACUACCCAAAAUGGCUCUUUCUAUUACUCAGUCACCCUCAGGGUGGUCUCCACAUCUGGGGACAUGGGCAUUUACUACAUGAUUGUCUGCCUGGUUGCCUUUACUAUCACCCUGAUCUUAAAUAUAACACGUCUGUGCAUGAUGAGCAGCCAUCUCCGCAAGACAGAGAAGGCCAUCAAUGAAUUCUUCAGGACUGAAGGGGCUGAGAAACUACAGAAGGCCUUUGAAAUUGCCAAACGCAUUCCAAUCAUUACCUCUGCCAAAACGCUGGAACUGGCCAAAGUCACCCAGUUUAAGACUAUGGAAUUUGCUCGAUACAUUGAAGAGUUAGCCAGAAGCAUCCCUCUUCCGCCGCUCAUCCUUAACUGUAGGGCCUUUAUGGAAGAGAUAUUUGAAGCAGUGAGAGUCGAUGACCCUGAUGAAGUUGGAGAUGGAGUCAAACAAGCCCUCGAUGUCCAAGACGGACUCUAUCCCUUAAACCCAGAAAUUAAGCGCAGUAAUUCACCGACAGCAGACUCGGAUGAUGGUUCUGUAAAUGACCAUGGUAAAGAAAUAGCUGUUGAGGUAUCCAUCCACCUUCCGUCAGAAGCACAAAGCAUUGACACUGUUUCCCACGACAGUGUUCCCUCCAUACCUUCUGAAGAUGAUGCAGAUGCUGAUGCCAGUACAGCAGCAAAGGCAGAUGUAUGAAAGCUUCAUCUGGAAACUUCAAGAAAAAAGGGGAAGCCAAAAAAAAAAAAAAAAGCAGCUGGAGUCACAAAUGCACAAAAACCUUAUCUCUUUUUUAAAACUCCAGUGGCUAUAAGGUGCUGAACAUUUAGCAAAAGUAUGGAUUUGGAUUUUUCUUUUGUAACAUAUCUCAGUGCUCACCAACCAAUUAGGAGAACAGCUUAAAUCAUGUUUUUUAAACAUUCUCCUUGGUAGGAAUGCUGCUGGGGGCAUUUUACAGAGGGGAUACUUUCUCCCAGUUUUGGGGAUCUCCAGUUAACAUCAACAAAAGAGCAAGGAUACAUUGACGUAAACUGUUUUUGCCAUUCUUACAGGGAGGUUGAAUUCCUGAAUAUGUCCAGUGAUGAUUUCAUAGUGUGUGAUGGCAUAGUUCACUAGAACAGUGCUUGUCUUGCUUGUCUGAAUUUAUAAUAUCUAAUCAAGCUUAUCUUGAGUUUGUAAGAAACAUACAUUUUAGCAUUUCUUAUAGUAAUAGUAUGGGAUUAUUACACUUUUAAAAUGAAGAGUUGGAUCUAGACUGACUCAUGUUUAGAGUAGAUCUAUUGCAAUCAGUGACACUUAAGUUAGCCUGAGUCCAGCCUUAUGUCAGUAAGCUGUGAAAUUACCAAAGCUGCCAGUUUGUCAUGUUGUUCAUGUUCGCGUACAUUGCAAUCACAUGCAAUACUUGAACUAGACAAUGGAAACCAAAUGCAAAUUUUGGCAUCUGAAUUUCUCAUAGCAGCCAAGAAGUGGUAAUUUGGUUGUUUUAAAUGUGCUGCUGCUUGCCAAGCAGUUCAAAAAAGGCCCUGUCUGUUUGGGUUUUUUUUUUAGUAAAGCUCCAGAUGUCAGCACUUCAAGUAUUCUUUCUUCUCUGACACUGCUGAAAUUCCAAUGUGUUCUAGUGCCGUCAGUAUUGCUAGGAGGAAAGCAAUGACAACUUAAACAGUUAUGAUCUUGUUGAAGAGUUUGCAAUAAACUCUCACAUUAAAAAGGGAAAUAAAACCUCUUUGGUUUCUCAGGCAGUUGUUUCUGAACAAUAUUUAUAAGAGGCAAAUGUGUGGCCAGAGUCUUUGGAACUAGUCAUCACCCAAUGGACGUGCCUAACACUCUCCUAAUGAUUCAGGUAGGUAGCCGUGUUUGUCUACUAAUGUACAUUUGUGUUUGAUGAAAAGCAGCCAUGGGUGCAGAAUGAUUGGGGUAGAGGAGCUGUGCAGGUGGAUGAGGAGGUUGUGGCUGGCUUUUGCAUGAACAUACGCUGUAUAACAUUCUUUGGCACUUUAGUAAAAUGUGAUGAAUGCAACAAAGGGUAAAUGGUUAACACAUUGAGUGACUUCUCUCCUGUGCUGAUGCUUAGCUACCUCUGCAUGUGCAGCAGGUGAUACAAUGGACUAUACCACUUCAGAUGGGGGAUACUACAUUUGAAUUCUCACACACACAUUAAAAAAAAUCAAAAAGAGGUUGUGGCCUCACUUCUUAUUGGCCAUUUUGUUUUUUGUUUGCUAUACAGGAAUCUUCCAAAUGUUUCACGUGAUCUAAGGUGGUGCAGUCCUUUCUACCACCACAUUGUGUGGCAUAAGUAGACUGAUAUUUAACCAGCAAAUUAUUGCUGCAUGACAGGUUGAUUUGUUAAUAGCCACUAUAAAUGUUUCAAAUGGCCAUUUCCUCAUGUCAUGAAUUGGGCCAUGUUAUAACAUGUAGAGCUGGAAAACAGACUGAAUAAUUGGAAGAUGAUAAAAUUAACUUUUGGCAUCCUUCUGUACUCUGAAUAAUAUAGCUGGUUGGCUUCCUACUUGGCCCAUGUUCUUUUUUGUCUUUUAUGUGGCCAUAGCUGUGCAGACCCAGUUUUGUGAUAGGAAUGUGCCUCUGCUAGCUGCUCAUUAAGCUCCAGUCAAGGCAGAUUCUAGCUUUUGCUAUUUGGUGCUUGUUUUUUUUAUAUACUUUAAGAGUAUGUCACUUUAAUUGCAUCUUAUAUCCAGUUUUGUUUUAACGUAUACAAAGCUUGUCUACAUUUUUUUCAUGACUUAAAACAUAAUGUCAUAUCAUUUUAACAAUUGGCAACGGGAGUUCCCAUUAAUUUCCUACAGCUCUUCUUCUGCUGUUUUAUUCAUAGAAUCUCAUUUGAACUAGCAAUCGCUGAAGGGGAAUAAACACAAUUUUCAGGCGGAUUUAGUGUUACAUCUAUAGCAAUAGAAGUGGGUGGCAAACGGCAACAGUAAUGCUACCUAGGAAAUGGGAGUCAUUGGCAGUAAUGCUCGCUACGUAACUCAUAAAACGAGUAAAUGAUAUUUACCUGUCAGAAUUUUGCUUGAAUUUCUUCUGACAAAAGUUCCUAAAGCAAAAUAGAGAUGGUACAGACAUUAACUUGGCAGUGGGAUAUAUCUGAGUUUCCCCUAACCUCCAAAGGUGCUCUUCAAACUAAGUUGCUUGCUUCCGGCCCUUGCUUCAUGCUCAAGUGGCCCAUUCUUCUCCACUUGACUGCUGCUUGCUGUGAAGCAUAAGCUGGACACCUGCUUGGGAAUGCAAAUAACAGGUAGGAUCUCUGGGUCAGGAGCUAGCACAUCUACACUCCACCCAGGCCCUGUUCAUUCAUUACUUGCAUGUAGGGUGUAGUUGUGUUUACACGUAGCAGGGCUGUGCUUUUUGCCCUGCCCACCCAUAUCAUGCCUCCUUCCUCAAACAAUUGCAGACAAGCAGGAGGUCACAUGUUAGAGUUUCUGUUCAGUAGUGGGCAACUUGGUUAUUUGAGGAAGGAGGUGUGACAUCACGGGGGGCAGGGCUAAAAACAUAUACCCUCCUUCAAGAAAACACAUCUAUGUCCUACAUCAGGCAUGUCCAACUCCCAAGAGACUGUGAUCUACUCCCACUAUUAAAAAAAACUGUCAGUGAUCUACCCAUUGGAUUGACCAAAGUUGCUGAGCUUUUUUUGGAGGGGAGGGCAAGGAACACACAAUCGACCAGGGACCCCUGCGAUCGCCCUGUUGGACAUACCUGUCCUACAUGUAAAUAAGGCUGCAGUAUUUAUCUGUUGACUCCUCUGGGCUUUCCACAAUGUUUCCUGUGCUACCUGACUCUAUCCUAAAGAUAGAAACUGUGGACUGAUGCAUAAUAGCUUCACUUACGUAAGCUAAUCUGGCAGCAAUGAGUGAAAUUACUUUGGCAGGCUUGGCUGAUAAAUGUAUUCCUCUGGGAUUCCGCUCUGUCCUAAAUCAUAAGAACAGGUCAAUUUAUUUUCAGUGUGUCUGUUAGAUGAAGAAAGUCUGCAGGAAGGAAUUAGAAUGCGACCCCUGCCUCUUGCUGAAUACCGCAAUCCUGAUUUUUCACAGUAAGCGUUUAUCAGCAGCCCCAUCCUUGAAUGUUGAAGCACACAGUUCACAGUUUUGCACUGAGGAGAGAUGGUGUUUAAUACUUUCCAGAAGCGUGGGCUCUUCUAACUCUGGAAACAAGCGAUUAAAUGUUUUGAAUCCCACCAAUUUAUUCCUACAAUUACAGUUUACAGCAGUAAAUUCUACAGGCUAUGGAUUCCUCUGUGCCCAGUAGCACUGCAAUGCUUACAUGGCAACAGUGGCAACACAGUAAUUGCUGAAUGGAUUUGUAGGCCUAAUAAUCAAGUCAGAUUAUCGUGAUUGUCCUUGUGAAUCUGCAGAACAUGAUGUUCUAUGUAUAAUACGGAGGCACAACUAGCAAAUUCGGGGCUUCCAACCCAGCAGAUACAAUAUAGCAAUGUUUGAUGUUUCCAUAGAAAAGUCGCUGGAAAAUUCCAAAUAAUCAUAUAACACUGGAACCUGGGUAUAAGAUCUGUGCAAGACGAUAAUACUUAAUUUCUGUUUUUCAAUUUCUGUGUAUGAAAAUAUAAUGUAUAUUCAGGUAUACCGUUGAAAUAUUUGGAACUGAUAUCGUCUACCAGGAGUAAGGGGGUGGGCAAUGGGGAAAGCAGUUCCUCUGAAACCUAGAACAUGAUCUCCGACCCGCAUUCUCAUUGCUGGUAGACAGUCCAUAUUUGUUCUGUUCCAGGAUAGAAACUGUGAGGUUUAUUUUCUCUAGACUCUUCUGUAAAUAAUUUGCAUUUAUGACACAGGCAUAGGACCCCACCUGUGCAACAAAGGCGCAACUGAAACAUACAGUAUAUUUCCAAGACUAAGUAAAAAGAAAAGUAUUAAAACUGAAUGCAUGAUGAAUUUGUUGUUGAGCGUGGAUAAGCUUUACAAAAUGUUGAUGUGAUAUUGUUAAUUUAUAUGGAGAAGAUUGAUUGUGUUUGCAUUUGUUUGAUGCAGCUAACUAAAAAUUGAUGUAAGAUUACUCAGAUGGCCAACAAAUGGCAAACGUCACUUGCAGAUGAAAUGUCACUUGCAGAAUGCCCACUGGCUCACUGAGUAUAAAUUAUACCAAUGCUUGACUUAAACUAAUGUCUCUUGUCAAUCAUGAGGUUGUCUUGUCUUGUUUCCUUAGCCUCUGAAUUUUGUGGCAAUCAUAACGAUCUACUUUUAACUGAAAUAGUAUUUAAAACAAUAUUGUAGUAAUUUGCAUUCUGGAGGGGGCAGUGUCAAUUUUCUGUAACAGCACAGGAUUUCAUACUUUCAUAUAAAAGGUGGUGGGUUUCCCCCCAGAAUAAAAUCCAUUAUUAAAAGUU